AUGGGCACCCGCGGUCUUAUCGGCUACAUCCUCCGCAACAGGCAGCGCAAGGCCAUGUACAACCACUUCGACUCCUAUCCCGAGGGCCAAGGCCACGACAUUGCCCAAUUCAUCUCCCGCCUUUCUCCCGAGCAGAGCAAAGAGAUGGCUGAUAAAGUGGAGAAGAUCGAGUGGAUCGAAGACGAGAGUGCGAUCAUUCCCGAGGACAUCAAGAAGCGCUACCUGGCCGUCGACGGUGGAAUCUGGAAAUACGAUUUCCCAUACGGUGGUCCUGAGCACUGGUUCGAAGACGAGCGCACAUUUGAAGGUCUUUCAGAAGCGGCCAAGAUGGACUUGAUUGAGGAAUGGAAAGCGUAUGCCGCAGAGCUGUUGAGAUUGGAAGCAAAAUACGACACAGGUUUGAAUGGUCCCUUCACGUUCCAUGGCUCCAUGGAUGCUUGGAGUGGCGUGAUGACGGAAGCAGAGGGGGCGAGGGCGCUGCCGUUCAUCCUACAUGUACAGGGAAGGCUCAACUGUUUGAUCGACUGUAGUGCAUUCGCUGUCAUCUGGUGA